AGAAAUGCACCCAGCAUCCAGCAACAGCAGCAGCGCUACUAGCGGCAUCAAAAUGCCAAGAGACUACGCGGCGGUAUCUCUCCACAGGUAUUUUUUAUAUAUAUAUAAACGGGAAUUCCAGCUGUGUUGGUGAUUAUACAAAUAUGUAUGGGUUUUAUGCUAGCUUUGAAAGCCUACCUGACGGCGUCCAGCACGCAGUAAACUUUCAGCCACGAACCUAUACCACCCAAUCAAAAAUACAUGUACAAAAAAAAAGAAAAAAUAUUAUUAUUUUUUCAUUAAUUACUAAUGUGCUUAUUAUUAUAUAAAUAAUUUGUAAAAAUUAAUUUUAUACAUUGUGUGCUAUGAUAUUUGUUAAGUGUAUUUUAAAUUUGCAGAAAAAAAAAAAAUUGAGUAAUCAAUGUUGCUAAGGACAUGAGUGAAUGAUCUGGAUCAAGGACGGAUCUUGUCUUUUUGUGUUUUGUGAUAUUGUGUUAAUUUUUGUGAUUAAUAAUUGUGUAAUUGUGAAUUAAUAUUUGUUUUAUUGUUUAAUUAUAUUUUUGAAUUUAAAAAAAAUUAAAUUACAGUUUUUCAUGGAAUUAUUUGUCAGUGUUUUGAUAUAUAUUUUUUCAUAAUUGAAAUGUUAUUUUAAAUAUAAUUAUUGUGUAGCUGUGUGGGGGUCUAGUGGUCCUAUGGUUUUUUUUUUGUUAAUCUUUGGCUAAAGGAUGGAAUAUUGUGGCCUCGAGUUACAAGGCUAAAUAAAAGACUCAGGGAACAUCCCGGAGUUUUUAUUAUUAUAUUUUUUUUCUUCGGAAAAUUGUUUUUUUAAAGAAGAAAAAAAAAAAAGAUAAAAAUAAAUCAAAAUGCCUACUGAUUUGGUAAUAACAUCAUCAACAUCAGAUGAAACAGUGAGAAAUCGUGAUUUACAUGUCACCUCACGUUCAUCUGGUCAAUCAUCAUCAGGUUCAAAUAACAAUGGUGGAAUGUCAUCAAGAAAUUUUGAUCCAUCAAGUUUAUCAGCAUAUCAUCAUCAUCAUCAUCAUCACCAUCAUAAUUUUGUAGCUGGUCUUGGUCAUCCACAUCAUCGAGAAUCAUCAGCAUUUGUUCCAGUUGUACCAUCAAGAUUACAUCUUUAUCCUGGUGAAAUACAUUCACAUUUAUCAGCUCAACAACAACAACAAUCAUCAUCAACAUCAACAACAACAACAACAACAAAUACAAAUACAAAUCAAGAACAUGAUAAUAAUUCUGAUACAACAGUUAGAAAAAAUUCAUCAAGUUAUGAUAUAAUGGCUAUGAUGGCUGAUAAAAGAAAAGAAUUAGCAGCAGCAAGAGCAUUAUUAUUACCACCACCACCAUUAUUAGAACCACCACCUGGUUAUCCAGUAUUUACUGGACCAUUUCCUGGUAAUCCAGCAAUGUAUCCACCAGGUGGACCACUUGGACAUCAACAUUUAGAUAGAAGAUUAUUAAGAGCACCUGGUAGAGCAUCAAGACCUAAAAAACAAUUUAUUUGUAAAUUUUGUAAUCGUCAAUUUACAAAAUCUUAUAAUUUAUUGAUACAUGAAAGAACACAUACUGAUGAAAGACCAUAUUCAUGUGAUAUAUGUGGUAAAGCAUUUAGAAGACAGGAUCAUUUACGAGAUCAUCGAUAUAUACACAGUAAAGAGAAACCUUUUAAAUGUGGUGAGUGUGGAAAAGGCUUCUGUCAAAGUAGAACCCUUGCUGUACAUAAAAUACUUCAUAUGGAAGAAUCACCCCACAAAUGUCCAGUUUGUGCAAGAAGUUUUAAUCAACGUAGUAAUUUAAAAACUCAUUUAUUAACACAUACUGAUCAUAAACCAUAUGAAUGUAAUUCAUGUGGUAAAGUAUUUCGUAGAAAUUGUGAUUUAAGAAGGCAUGCAUUGACUCAUGCAGUUGGUGAUGUGCCACCAGAAGCACUUGAAGAAGCACUACGUGAUGAUGAUAGUCCAGAAGAAGAUUGUGGGCCUGAAUCAGGUCCAUCAACAUCAACAUCAACAUCAUCUGUAGCUGGAACUACAUCGUCAAAUAAUUUAAAUACAAAUAAUAAUAUUUCAGCAUCAUCAUCAUCAUCAUUAUCAUCAUCAACACCACCAUCAUCAUCGUCAACGUCUUCAGUAAUAGCAUCAUCAUCAUCAUCGUCAGCAACAACAGCAACAACAACAACUCCUCUUCCAUCAACAUCACAAAAUUCAAGUGUAUCAUAUAGCUCAACAUCAUCACAACAAAAUCAUUUAACAAGGCCUCAAUUACAAAUUAGAAGAGAUCUAUUACAAAUAAAACCAUCAACAAUAACAAGUGUUAAUACAAUAACUGGUAUACAAAAUCAACAAAAUACAUUAAUAACACCACCAUCAUCACAUAUAUUACAAUCAUACAGACGUCGUCUUGGUUCACCAGGACCAUCAAGAAUAUUAUUAGAAAUACAAGAACGUGAAAGAGAACGUGAACGUGAAAUUGAAAGACAAAGAGAUGAGGAAGAAGCUAGACCACCGAGGGCACCGACUCCACAACCACCAGCAGUACAACAACAACAACAACAACAACCACCACAACCACUACCACCACCACCAAGACCGGCUCCCACUAGACAAGGAUUUACAAUUGCGGACAUUAUGCGCCGGUAAAAAAGAUAUAUAUUUAUAUACUCAAGACUUUCACAAUUGUUCAAUUGUCCUUGAAGAUAAAUUCUAUCUAUAAAGCAAAAAAAAAAAAAUAUAUAUGACUUGAAAUAUAAAUAGUCUUUUACUUGACAUCUUGGAGGAUACAUUAGUGAGCACAAGUGGGUCUCCUUUUUUUUUUGUCCAUUAACGAACAGAAUGUACCGUCCAUACACAGGUAAAUAUAGAAUCGGUCUGAAAUAUUUCAUCACCAUCAAUCAUCUUGACUCUCGGCUCAUCAGUCCCAGGGUCAUCCAUUAUACAAGAGGUGAACUGACGAAUUUUUGUGGAUCAUGCGACGUCACGCUUUCCACUAUAUAAAAACAUCUCAUCAUGGUAUUUUGAUUUUUUUUUUUUUUAAAUUUUUAAAUUAUUAUUAUCUUCAGCCAUUAUAAUGGAGACUCCAAUUUUUAUUAUUCCAAGUGUUUAAUGUGUUAUAUUAUUAAAAGUACAAUGAUUUAAAGAAAAAAUUUAUUUUUUUUUUUUAGAAAAAAAAAAGUGCAACCACCGUGUUUCAUGGUAUUCAUUAUAUAAUAAUUAUUCAUGUAUUUAAUUAAUGAUCUUAUUGAUUGAUUAAUUAUUAUACAAUUUAUUUUUUAUUUUUAAAAUUUUAUCUUGAGUUCAAAGUGCGUGUGAAAGCGUUAAAUUAAUUUUUGACUUGCAUCAAGUGCAAUUAAAUACUUAAUGGUGAUAUUACAAAAAAAAAAAAAAAAAAUAAUAACGACACGUAUUAUCAGUUAAUUUACUUUUAUAUAUUUUUAUUUUUCAUAUAUUUAAGAUAAAUUUAAAUUUUGUAAAUAUAGUUGAUAGAUAUUAAUACAAGGCAGCUCAAUAAUUAUCGCUCAUAAUUAAUAUCAGUGUGCCAAUUU